AUGGCGAAAAAUGCGAGCAAGGCGGGAAGAUCUACCGCCGCCUCCGGUGCGAACUGUGACGGGGACGACGGCGACGAAGAACACGACGACGACGCCGAGGAGGAUUGGCCGGAGAAUGGCCACGACGACAGCGCUUCGGGGGAUGAAUUAGCUCAUGCCGACAUCGAGGAGGACGAAUGGUGGAAUCGGCCGGUCGGGAGUGACGACAAAGUGGAAGAGUGGCGGGCUGGUAAUUUGGACAACGACAGAGGUGCCGAUGCUGAUGCGAAUGCGGAGGCGGGCGACGAGGCGGAAGCGGAUGUCGAGGCAGUAGCGCCCGUGGAGGUGGCCGCCAUUGCGGAUGCGGAUGCUGUGGCGGAGCCGGAUAAGGUUGCUGCGGAGGGAAGUGCUGAUGUCGUCUUAUUUGACGGUGAAAGCGAUGACGAUGACCCGUGGAGCAUAGUAGCAGACGACGAUGUUCCGCUACUGAAGCGGAGGCUACGCCAUCGCCUAAAGUCCAAGCCAAAGCAUGCCAGUGUGGUGCUCUCUGACAACGACAAUUUGAGGGAGGAGCGUCGCCUGAUACUUACCGCUGCAGAGAAGGGUAAGACCAAGAUCGCGGAAGCCCCUGCUAAGGCCACUGUUCGAUGCCGCGCAAGCAACAAGAAGCGGAAAACUAACGGCGACCCUGGAUCCAGCAAGGGUGCUGCUAAGACGAAGGCGGAGAAGAUGCCAGAUCCAGACGACAUCGUGGUCAACGAGACACAGGGCAGCGACGAUGAAUACGCGGAAGCAGCGGGCCCGAUUCCUUCAUUCCCUGAGAAGCCCACGUCGAAAGACGCCACCCUCAAUAAUCCCAACACCCGCCUACCUUCCCCUCGCAGCAAGGACACUAAAUAA